AUGGUCAACGAACGGGCGCCUCCCAAGGUGCCUCUGAACUCCAUCACUCCGAAUGGAGAAAACACAUCUCGCGAAUUGUCUCCCGACGAUGAUAUCACUGCCCUUGUCCGUGGUAUGAGCUCGCUCAAAGGCAAAGUUCGGGGAGACAUGAGCGACCCUUUUAAUCCCGCUGGCGCAACCAACACACCCACAUUCGGUCAUCCUACCAAGAUGAUGUCCUCUCGUAAGCAGAGAGCAGACCCUUUCAUACGGCAGAAGACACGACCGGAACACCACCUCGAUAGUCGAAGCAGCAACAGCAACAACGGUGCUAGAAUCACAGGCCCUCGAGGACCGGUUUACCAGGAUCGAAUACCACCACCAAUGCCCAUGUUCAGCUCAGGUGCGCCCUCUGCACCACCAGUUGCAUCCUCAUAUGCGCCCGCAAGACAUUACGGCGAGGAGACUUUCUACACAGAUCCCGCCAAGGCGAGUGCUGAUUUGAAGGCUUUGCUUGAGGGUGGCAUGGAGGAGGGAGAAGAGGAGGGCGAGGAACAGAGCCAAGCUGAUGGUGAAAAGAAACCAGACGAUCCAAAAGAUCCCAAAGACGGUACAGUGGAUGGCCUCAAGGUCAAGCUACUACCUCACCAGGUCGAGGGAGUUGAGUGGAUGCGAGGGCGAGAACUUGGCCCUGUGAAGCGAGGAAAAGUCCCCAAAGGAGGCAUCCUCGCCGAUGACAUGGGUCUUGGAAAGACUCUUCAGACCAUUUCACUCAUCCUUACCAAUCAGAAGCCAGCCAAGGACGCUCCCGGAUGGAAGAAGCACUUUGAGAAGAUCGAAAAGACAACCUUGGUGGUGGCGCCACUUGCUUUGAUUCGACAAUGGGAACACGAAAUUAAUGAUAAAGUGGAAAAGACUCAUGGUCUCAAAGUCUGCGUACAUCAUGGACCGAACCGUACGAAGCGAUUUAAGGAGCUCGCUCUCUACGAUGUUGUCAUCACAACUUAUCAAAUCCUGGUUUCUGAGCAUGGCAAUUCCUCAGAUGCCGAGAAUGGACUGAAAUCAGGAUGCUUUGGUCUGCACUGGUGGCGAGUCGUUCUCGACGAAGCCCAUACAGUCAAGAAUCGCAAUGCAAAGGCUACCAAGGCCUGCUACGCCCUAAACUCCGAAUAUCGCUGGUGUCUGUCUGGUACGCCUAUGCAGAACAACCUCGACGAGCUCCAGUCCCUCAUCAAAUUUCUCCGUAUUCGACCCUACGACGAUCUCAAGGAAUGGAAGGAACAUAUUGAUCUACCCCUGAAGAAUGGCCGCGGUCACAUCGCCAUCCGAAGACUACACAGUCUUCUCCGAUGCUUCAUGAAGCGAAGAACCAAAGAAAUCCUCAAGGAAGCUGGCGCGCUUAACCCUGGUGGUAAGCCUUCCGCCGAGGGUGAGGGGUCCUCAACAGGCUUCAAGGUCACCGAGCGAAAGGUUGUUACUAUAUCGACUGCAUUGUCACCUGCAGAGCGCAAGUUCUACGAUCGAUUAGCUGCUCGAGCAGACCGAAGUAUCGAGCAGAUGAUGCAAGGCAGAGUCAACUAUGCUAACGCUUUGACUCUGCUACUCCGCCUACGCCAGGCCUGCAAUCAUCCCAAGCUGGUUGAGGGCAAGCUGGAGAAGGACAAAGACGCAAUGUCGACAGACGCUACCCAGAAGACCCAGGAUACGGACAUUGAUGCCAUGGCUGACAUGUUCGCCGGUAUGGGCAUCGUUUCCAAAGACUGUAAUAUUUGCGGGCGAGGCUUGAGUGCCGAAGACAACAAGUCAGGCAAAGACAUCUGUUCUGACUGCUAUGAUGAUCUAGCAUAUUUUAACAACCACGAAAGGCCAGAGCGGUCAGAGCGACCCAAGAAGCCCAAGAAGCCUAAGGAUAAGAGCAGGAAGAAGGACAAGAAGAAGGAAAUAGUUGACGAAAAAGUCAUUGACAGGCAAAUUGUUGAGGUUGAUGACGAUGACGACGAGUCCACUAAGAAGACUUCAGGACGACCUCGUCACCGAAAUACAGUAGUUGACAGUGAUGAUGAGGACGCAGAGUCCCCAAAGAAGACAGCUCGCCAGCCUCGGAAUCGCAACGCCAUCGUUGACAGCGAUGAUGAGGAAGAAGAGGCCGAAGGCUCGUGGCUUGUACCUGAGGACCAGCAGGGCUCCAUACAUCUGGGUAAGGCUGGUGGUGAAGAAGAUGAGAAUGCUGAGGGCGGAGGCGACUGGAUUGGCUCCGAUGACUCAGAAGAUGAAGAGAGUAAGGUUGAGGACAAGAGUAACCUAAGCAGCUUCAUCGAAAACGACGAGAGCAAAGGGGACAUGGCUUCUGACUCUGAUGACUCUUUAGCGUCAUUGACAGAUAUCACAAAGCGCAUGGCUGCCCAGACGCUGGACGAUGGGCCGCCUCACGUAGCUGAUACCACAAACGCAAGCACAGAUGCUGAUACUACGGCCGCCGAUACAACAGCUGUUUCUGGAUCAUCGGCUUCAGAUUCGGGAUCUGACUCUGACUCUGACGAAUCAGAUGUCUCGUCUGAAGAGGACGACAGCGUUUUCUAUCCAUCCCGCGACGCCAACUCCCCUCAAGUUCUUGCUUCUUCCAAGAUUCGUGAGCUCAUCAAGAUUCUUCAGGGUGAAGUCAAGGAACACAAGUUCAUUGUCUUCUCUCAGUUCACUUCGAUGCUUGAUCUCGUUGAGCCCUUCUUCCGCAAGGAACGAUUCCGCUUUGUCCGUUACGAUGGCAGCAUGAAGAACGACCAACGCGAAGAAAGUCUACGAAAGUUAAGGGGUGAUCCUCAGACCCGCAUCCUGCUGUGUAGUUUGAAGUGCGGUAGUUUAGGACUCAACCUCACGGCAGCGACCCGAGUUGUCAUCCUCGAGCCCUUCUGGAACCCAUUCGUCGAAGAACAGGCAAUUGAUCGUGUGCAUCGUCUGACCCAGACAGUCGAUGUGAUCAUCUACAAGCUCACAGUUGCUCAAACUGUCGAGGAACGUAUCCUUGAGCUACAGGAGAAGAAGCGUGAACUGGCUGAGCAGGCCAUCGAGGGUGGCAUGCGUAAGGAGGCUCUCAAGCUCGGCAUCAAUGAAAUCAUCAACCUCUUCAAGCCAGGAUCUUCGGAGAACCCAGUUGUUAUUGGCGCUGGUCCCUCCGCUGUCGGCAACGAGAGUUUCAAUGCCAACGAGCGUAGAACUGCGGCUUCAUCGCAGAGACGGCCUGGGCGGCCUAGAAAGGAAGAGAGUGAAGUGUAUGGUCGGCGAUGGUGA